ACUGUUGCAAAAAAUAAAGGACGGCAAAUCGAAGACGAAUCGCAAUCGACAAAUUAAAAAAUGGCUGCUGCUUGUCAAUUCCGCAGCUCUUUUGUCUGACGAGUUUUUGAUUCAAUUCAUUUUUCUGUUAUUGAAAAUUUAUAAAGAGUUAAUUUUGAAUGCGGCUCGGCACAACUCCCAGUAUUCCGGAUUUUAAUUUCGGAUACUGAAAAUCCACCAUUUAAAUAAUUGCGUAUCGUCUCUGUUUUGUGUGUCCAUCUCAUCUCUGCUGAAACUGAAACACAUUUUUAUUUUUCGCUCAUUAAAAUAAUUUCACUUCCAAAUAAAAUAAUACAAAACGGAUUCGUUCUCUCUUGCAAUAUAUUGUCGAACAAAUAUCUACGAAAAAGUGGCACACGGAAAACAAAAAAGAAACGGGAGUACUUCAACACAUUUUUAUUUAAUUUCCAAUAAAAAAAAAAUAUUCCUCAAAAUUCUUCGCUCUAUAAUUAAAAAAAAACUUAAAUUGAAUAAAACAUAAAUAUGGAAAAGCUUCGCCAGAUGAAAGACAGGGGAAGCUCUGAAAUUAUAAUCGGAGGAAAAUAUAGAGUUAUCCGGAAAAUCGGCAGCGGUUCAUUCGGUGACAUCUACCUUGGUAUGAGCAUACAAUGCGGUGAAGAGGUAGCCAUCAAAAUAGAAAGUGCCAAUGCUCGGCAUCCACAGUUGCUCUAUGAAUAUAAAUUGUAUCGAGUUUUGAGCGGUGGUGUUGGUAUACCACGAAUUCGAUACUAUGGCCACGAAAAAAACUUUAACACCUUGGUAAUGGAUCUAUUGGGACCAUCCCUUGAAGAUCUCUUUAAUUUUUGCACACGUCAUUUUACAAUUAAAACCGUUCUCAUGCUGGUUGACCAGAUGAUCGGUCGCCUGGAAUUUAUACAUUUGAAAUGUUUUAUUCAUCGUGAUAUUAAGCCCGACAAUUUCCUAAUGGGCAUUGGUCGACAUUGUAACAAAUUGUUCUUGAUCGAUUUUGGUUUAGCUAAAAAAUACCGAGAUCCUCGCAGUCGUGUACAUAUUCCCUAUCGCGAAGAUAAGAAUUUAACUGGAACUGCGCGUUAUGCAUCGAUUAAUGCUCAUCUUGGUAUUGAACAAUCUAGACGCGAUGACAUGGAAUCUUUAGGAUAUGUUAUGAUGUAUUUUAAUCGUGGUGUUCUUCCAUGGCAGGGCAUGAAGGCAACUAAUAAAAAACAAAAAUACGAAAAAAUCUCCGAAAAAAAAAUGUCAACUCCGAUCGAGGUCUUAUGCAAGGGUUUCCCCGCUGAAUUUUCAAUGUAUUUGAAUUAUUGUCGUAGUUUGAGAUUUGAAGAGCAACCAGAUUACAUGUAUUUGCGUCAGUUGUUUAGAAUUUUGUUCCGCACCCUUAAUCACCAAUAUGAUUAUAUCUAUGAUUGGACAAUGCUAAAGCAGAAGACUCAUGCGGGUCCAGCGAAUGCAGCUAUACCCCAAGGAACGGCAGAACCUCGCAACGAAAGGGAUAAGGAGAAAGAGAAACAAAGCGGAAAAACAAUGCUUUCCGAUUAAAUUAGAUUAAAAUAUAAAAAAAAGCAAUUUAUUUCUUUAAAGCGUUAUCUAAAUUAAAUUGAACAAACAAAACAAAACAAACAACAACAACAAAAAAAUAUACAAAAAAAAAACACACAGAAAUAGCAAUUUUAAACUAAUUGAAAGGAAAUAUUAUAUGAAAACAAAAACAAAAAAUAAUUAUAAUAAUAAUUUCGCGCCGAGUAAAAACAAACCACAAAACAAAACCUACCACACGAUGACAUUUCUGCAAAAAUAAUUUGCACAACAGGUUUAAUUUACGUCGUCAUUAAAACUUCCUUUUCUCUUUCUUAAUCUUUCAAAAGAAUAAAACAAAAAUAAUAAACAUGUAACCAACAGAAUCAAAUUAUUAACUAAAAACAAUGAUUUGUCAGUCAAUGUUAAUGUUGAACAAUGUAAAUUUAAUUUUUUAACAGAAUCCUUAGAUCUUUUAUUUAAAGAUUUUGGCUAAAAAAAUAUAUACAAAAAUUUAAAUGGAAAUAAACAAAAUAACAUCUUUAAAAAAAUCACACCAGCCCUUUAUAAUUGUAUUUUUCAAUUUUUUUUCCUUUUUGUUUUUAAUGACCGAUCUAUUUUCGUUUGGAAAUAAGUUAGCGCUAUUUUUUAUAUCGUUAAGAUUUUAUAUAUUAUUAUCUUCUUUAUUUUGUAUUUACAAAACUUACUCAUUCAUAAAACAUACAUUGUUUUGUAAAAUGAACUUUUUUUGUUUCAUUUAUGCUACUUUAGCUAUAUUCUUUGUUUUGUUUUAAAUCUUCAUGCAUAAAAAUAUAUUUCACUAAACAGUCUAGUUUAAGUUUAAACGCAUAAACUAUAUUUUCAUUAUAGGCCCUGAAGGAAAAUUAAACAAAACAAAACAAAAAAAAAAUGUGUAAUUGAUGCAGAAACAAUAAAUAAUUUUUGUAUGUAAGGAACCAUAAUCAUUUCGUAGAAUAAUAUAUUAUUAAUUAAACGAAACAAAAAAAAGUCUACAAUAUAAACACAAAAACAAAAAAAUGAAACAAAUUUCUAAAUGCAUACAUUACUUAUGAACCUGUAUCCGAUAAUUGGUUUAUUGAUAAGUGAAUAAAGCAAUUAAACAAAAAAUGGGGCAGACCCCUUAAAACUAAA